AUGACCGACGCUCACUCACAGAAGCGGCGAAAAAUCAAGCACGGCGCGGCUGCUGCUGUUAAGCCUGCUGCUGCCAUUUCCAAGCCCGCGCCGACAAAAGAACAAUCGCCCGAGCCCGCCCCGCCUGCCUCAACGACUGACGAGGCGGCGGCGAACCAAGAUGACGCACCAGUAGCCAAGAAGAGCUUCGCGGACCUGGGUGUCGUCGAAUCUCUCGUCGAAGCCACCGAAGCUCUCGGCUACAAGCACCCGACCCCCAUCCAGGAGAAGAGCAUCCCUCUCGCUCUCGCCGGCCGCGAUGUCAUUGGCCUCGCGGAGACAGGUUCGGGAAAGACGGCUGCUUUCGCACUGCCUGUACUACAAGCCCUUCUCGAAAAGCCGUCCGGCCUCUUCGCCGUUGUCAUGGCCCCGACUCGCGAGCUGGCGGCCCAGAUUGCGCAGACCUUCGAGGCCCUCGGCUCCCUGAUCAACCUGCGAUGCGCCGUCAUCGUCGGUGGUCUGGACAUGGUGCAGCAGGCCAUCGCGCUGGGAAAGAAACCUCAUGUUGUCGUUGCGACGCCGGGUCGAUUGCUGGAUCAUCUCGAGAAGACUAAGGGGUUUUCUCUUCGUUCGCUCAAGUAUCUCGUACUCGAUGAAGCGGAUCGUUUGCUCGACAUGGACUUUGGCCCCUCAAUCGAUAAGAUUCUUAAGUUCAUUCCUCGCGAACGCCACACUUACCUGUUCUCCGCGACAAUGAGCUCCAAGGUUGAGUCUCUCCAGCGUGCCAGUCUGAAGGAUCCUGCCCGUGUCUCGGUUCAGUCCAAUGGAUAUCAGGUCGUUUCGACGCUGCUGCAGAACUUUCUUUUUAUCCCACAUGCGCUGAAGGAUGUCUACUGCGUUCAUCUCAUCAACUCCUUCAUCGGGCAGACCACGAUUGUCUUCCUCCGUACAGUUCACGACACACAGCGCCUUGCAAUCCUUCUUCGAACCCUAGGAUUCUCCGCUCUUCCCCUACAUGGCCAGCUGUCUCAAUCUGCUCGUCUUGGAGCCCUAAACAAGUUCCGCGCUGGCUCUCGCGACAUCCUUGUCGCUACUGAUGUCGCCGCUCGUGGUCUCGAUAUUCCCAAUGUUGAUGUCGUCAUCAACUACGACCUUCCUCAGGAUAGUAAAACUUAUAUUCAUCGUGUCGGUCGUACCGCUCGUGCUGGCAAGUCGGGUCGCGCGCUCAGUCUCGUCACGCAGUACGAUCUCGAGAUUUGGCUUCGCAUUGAGGCGUCCAUGGGGAAGAAGCUUGACGAGUUUCCUACGGAGAAGGAAGAAGUCAUGGUGUUCCAGGCACGCGUCGAGGAGGCACAGAGGCACGCGAGGAUUGAGAUGAAGCACCUAAUGGAGAACCGCGGCAAGAAGGGAGCCGUUCUGAAGGGCAAAUUUGUUGGUGAUUCGAAAAGGAGGCACGAUGGCAUGGAUGCCGACGAGGGCUGA